GUUCCAAAAGAGAAAGAUGAAAUGGUAGAGCAAGAAUUCAAUCGCCUGCUGGAAGCCACAUCUUAUCUCAGUCAUCAGCUGGAUUUUAAUGUUCUCAAUAAUAAGCCUGUCUCCCUGGGUCAAGCUCUGGAGGUUGUCAUACAACUGCAGGAGAAGCAUGUGAAAGAUGAGCAGAUUGAACACUGGAAAAAAAUUGUGAAGACACAGGAGGAAUUGAAAGAUCUUCUUAACAAGAUGGUGAAUUUAAAAGAGAAGAUUAAAGAACUUCAUCAGCAGUAUAAGGAAGCAUCAGAAGUGAAGCCGCCUCGUGAUAUUACAGCAGAGUUCCUUGUGAAGAGCAAACACAGAGAUCUGACCGCACUUUGCAAGGAGUAUGAUGAAUUGGCAGAAACACAAGGGAAGCUGGAAGAGAAGUUACAAGAACUUGAAGCCAAUCCGCCAAGUGAUGUUUAUCUGUCAUCGAGAGACAGGCAAAUACUCGACUGGCAUUUUGCAAACCUGGAAUUUGCUAAUGCUACACCCCUGUCUACGCUUUCACUGAAGCACUGGGACCAGGAUGAUGACUUUGAAUUCACCGGCAGUCACCUGACUGUGAGGAAUGGUUACUCCUGUGUGCCGGUAGCCUUGGCGGAAGGGUUGGAUAUUAAAUUAAACACAGCCGUUCGGCAGGUUCGCUACACAGCAUCAGGCUGUGAGGUGAUAGCUGUAAACACCCGAUCUACCAGCCAGACUUUCAUUUACAAAUGUGAUGCUGUGCUGUGUACUCUUCCCUUGGGAGUACUGAAGCAGCAGCCUCCAGCCGUGCAGUUUGUGCCGCCUCUUCCUGAGUGGAAAACUUCUGCAGUGCAGCGGAUGGGAUUCGGCAACCUCAACAAG